UUCCUUUAUAACUACUCCAAUAAUUAAAACUUCAACAACUGCAACUGCCCCUACUACAACAACCACACAAAAAACUGCAAAAACAACUACCCUCACAACUACAACAACUUCUCCAACAACAAUUACUACCCUAACAUCAACUAGAAGGAUAUUCCCAAUAACAACAAUCAACCCGACAACAGCAGCCACCAUCCCACCAACAAAUAAAACAGUGUUUUCACCAACAACCGCCAUGAACCUGUUAACAUUAGCCCCAAACAGAGACAUAUCUUGUAAUUUUGAGAAUGGUUCUUGCUCAUGGUCCACCGGUCCAUGUGGUGCCACGAAUAGUAAGGUAUCCAAGGAAAUGUACCAGUGGGAAAUUAGCAACGCGCGCACGAGUCAUUCAGGUAUACGAUCAUCGUAUUAAACACAUUAUUACAUUAUUGAGUGAUACUUAAUUAAUUACAUUACCUGAUUUUUUUUUUUUUACCUCGACAUGUUUCUGAACAUACUAUGAGUCAUGAGUAGUUAAAUUUGAUCUAACCUAUCGUAGUAAUAUUGCCCUCCACCAAAAGCCAUUCAUAUUGAUAUGUUUAUUAAUGUAAUUUUCUCAACAGUGAAAAUUCCUCGAUCAAAGUUAUGACAACGAAAUUUACAGCUUUUUUUUUUUUUUUUUAAACCUUCCUUAAACAUGUCAGUAGAAGCUGAAAACUGGUUCUUUCAAUCUCUAGAACCAUUGAACUAUUAAUGGCUAUUCAGAGGAACAACGUUUUAACUACAACUUUCUAAAGGUCAAAAUUUCUACAAAUCUACACAGUUUUCAGACUUAAAAUCUAUUGAAAUUGAAAAUGAUAUAAUCAGAUAAUGGUCAAUAUAUCUUUGCCAUUACAAUAAAAAUAUUUAUGUAUUCUUUUUUUAUUUGGACUUCAUAAUAUAUCGUAUUAAUUGACCAUAAAGGAGAUUAAGUAACUUUUCUUUGAUUUUUUUAGGCAAUCUGUCCAGUUCCGGUAAUUACAUAUUCAUUGACAUCACCAAUGACACGAACCAGGGACCAAUAGAUGUUUGCUUGUUUAGUGGAAAAGUUACAAUCAUAGGGGAUACAACCUUGCAUUUCUGGUAUUUCUUUGAGGGAGCCACUACUGGAAAUCUUUCCUUAACUUUAGUGGAGUCAACAGGCCGUGAAACAAUAUUGUGGUCAGUGGGUGGUCAACAAGAGCCUAAAUGGAAAGAGGUCGAAUUGGUGUUGGACAAUGCUGCAGAUGCCAGGGUGAGACAUUUUAUUAUAAGUCAUUCGUCAGAUGAUACAAUUUACGAUAAGUCGUAUGUCAGAUGAUACAAUUUAUUAAUUAUUAUAAGUCAGGUUAGAAGAUUUAUUAUUUUAAGAGUCAAAUGUCAGGUUAGACACUUUAUUGUGAUUCAAAUGUCAGGCGAUAUACUUGAUUAUGAGAGACAUAUGAUAGUUCCAUACAAUCCUUUCGUUUUUAUUUCAGAUAAGUGUAAAAAAUUAGCUGAAUUGUGACAUCAUCAAUAAUAUCUUCUUCUUUUAUUUUAAGGGCCCACGAUCAAUUUAUAAAAUAGAAACAUUAUUCUAUCAUCCGGGUUAAAUAUAAAAUGUAAAACUUGAGUUCUACCACAAAGUCUUGGAAUGACGACAUCACAUCUACUCACCACUUAUAUAACAUCUAUUCACCAAUUACAUCACAUCUAUUCACCACUUACAUCACAUCUAUUCACCACUUACAUCACAUCUACUCACCACUUGCAUCACACCUACUCACCACUUGCAUCACACCUACUCACCACUUACAUCAUAUCUACUCACCACUUACAUCACACCUACUCAUACUUUACAUCACGUUUACAUCACAUUUACUCACCACUUACAUCACAUCUACUCACCACUUAACAUCAUAUCUACUCACCACUUAAUCACAUCUAAUCACCACUUACAUCAAAUCUACUCACCACUUAAUCAUAUCUAAUCACCACUUACAUCACAUAUACUCACCACUUAAUCACAUCUAAUCACCACUUAAUCACAUCUAAUCACCACUUACAUCACAUCUACUCACCACUUGCAUCAAAUCUACUCACCACUUAAUCAUAUCUAAUCACCACUUACAUCACAUCUACUCACCACUUGCAUCACACCUACUCACCACUUGCAUCACACCUACUCACAUUUUACAUCAUAUCUACUCACCACUUACAUCACACCUACUCAUACUUUACAUCACGUUUACAUCACAUUUACUCACCACUUACAUCACAUCUACUCACCACUUAACAUCAUAUCUACUCACCACUUAAUCACAUCUAAUCACCACUUACAUCAAAUCUACUCACCACUUAAUCAUAUCUAAUCACCACUUACAUCACAUAUACUCACCACUUAAUCACAUCUAAUCACCACUUAAUCACAUCUAAUCACCACUUACAUCACAUCUACUCACCACUUAAUCACAUCUAAUCACCACUUACAUCACAUCUAAUCACCACUUACAUCACACCUACUCAUCACUUACAUUAAAUCUACUUAUCCUUUACAUCACAUUUACUCCCCACUUACAUCACAUCUACUGACCACUUAAUCACAUCUACUCAACACUUACAUCAGAUCUAAUCACCACUUAACAUCACAUCUAUUCACCACUUAAUCACAUCUAAUCACCACUUACAUCACAUCUAUUCACCACUUAAUCACACCUAUUCACCACUUACAUCAAAUAUACUCACCACUUACAUCACACCUACUCACCACUUACAUCACAUCUACUCACCACUUAAUCACACCUAUUCACCACUUACAUCACAUCUACUCACCACUUGCAUCACACCUACUCACCACUUACAUCACAUUUACUCACCACUUACAUCACACCAACUCACCACUUAAAUCACAUCUACUCACCACUUGCAUCACACCUAUUCACCACUUACAUCACAUCUACUCACCACUUACAUCACAUCUACUCACCACUUACAUCACAUCUACUACAUCAAUGGUUACAAAGUUGAAUAUGCCGAUAAAACGUACAGUACUCAGUGCAAUACAUUUCAGUAUUUAUAAUUUUAUCAUGGCAUUUAUCAUCGUUUUUCCACAGCUGAAAUUCUCAUGUUCUGUUGAUGCAAAUGGAUCAUCCUUGAUCGCCUUAGAUAAUAUCAGUCUCUCGUAUGAUCUUACGGGUAAAAAAAUUGUGUGUACAAUAAUUAGAUUCCAAUUCUUUAAUCAAAAUCUUUACAUAUAGCAAUAUUUUGUGGUGGAGUAAAUGUUACUACUUUAUAUUAUCUCCAGUAACAGUUUCAUUAAAAUAUUGAAGGCAAUAUUAGAAACAAGAUGCAUAAGUAAGCUUCAUUGGAAUAUUGAAGGCAAUAUUAGAAACAAGAUGCAUAAGUAAGCUUCAUUGGAAUAUUGAAGGCAAUAUUAGAAACAAGAUGCAUAAGUAAGCUUGAUUGGAAUAUUGAAGGCAAUAUUAGAAACAAGAUGCAUAAGUAAGCAUGAUUGGAAUAUUGAAGGCAAUAUUAGAAACAAGAUGCAUAAGUAAGCUUCAUUGGAAUAUUGAAGGCAAUAUUAGAAACAAGAUGCAUAAGUAAGCUUCAUUGGAAUAUUGAAGGCAAUAUUAGAAACAAGAUGCAUAAGUAAGCUUCAUUGGAAUAUUGAAGGCACUAUUAGAAACAAAAUGCAUAAGUAAGCUUGAUUGGAAUAUUGAAGGCAAUAUUAGAAACAAAAUGCAUAAGUAAGCUUCAUUGGAAUAUUGAAGGCAAUAUUAGAAACAAAAUGCAUAAGUAAGCUUGAUUGGAAUAGUGAAGGCAAUAUUAGAAACAAGAUGCAUAAGUAAGCUUCAUUGGAAUAUUGAAGGCAAUAUUAGAAACAAAAUGCAUAAGUAAGCUUCAUUGGAAUAUUGAAGGCAAUAUUAGAAACAAGAUGCAUAAGUAAGCUUGAUUGGAAUAUUGAAGGCAAUAUUAGAAACAAGAUGCAUAAGUAAGCUUCAUUGGAAUAUUGAAGGCAAUAUUAGAAACAAAAUGCAUAAGUAAGCUUGAUUGGAAUAGUGAAGGCAAUAUUAGAAACAAGAUGCAUAAGUAAGCUUCAUUGGAAUAUUGAAGGCAAUAUUAGAAACAAGAUGCAUAAGUAAGCUUCAUUGGAAUAUUGAAGGCAAUAUUAGAAACAAGAUGCAUAAGUAAGCUUCAUUAGAAUAUUGAAGGCAAUAUUAGAAACACGAUGCAUAAGUAAGCUUCAUUGGAAUAUUGAAGGCAAUAUUAGAAACAAGAUGCAUAAGUAAGCUUCAUUGGAAUAUUGACUUGGCUGUACACGCCUUAAACAGAGUCUCCGCAGUAUUUAAAUAACUACUUUCACAACAUUGAUCAAGAAUUUCUCUUAAAUAUGGCGUGUAAUGAUGAAAUAUUCAAUUCGUUUCAAGAUACAUGAACUUAAUUUUCAACUCAAAAUGUGCCGUUAAAAUUAUUUGUUUUUAAAGACGUAAAUUGAUUCCUUUUUUCAGCUCCAACGAAUGUCACUAUUGUAAAUGAUGUUUCAAAAGCUUCACCAAAGCCAACAACAGCUCACUAUAUCACAACGAAAACCCCUGUUGGUAUCAUCACUCAGCCCCCACCAGGAACAUCAAAGGCGACCACAGCUCACUUUAUCACACAAAGAACCCCUGGUGGUUACGCCACUCACCCCAGGCCAGCCACACCAAAGCGAACCACACCAAAGCCAGCCACACCAAAGCCAACCACACCAAAGCCAGCCACACCAAAACCAGCCACACCAAAGCCAAUCACACUAAGGCCAGCCACACCAAAGCCACCCCCACAGAGGACAACACAUACGCCCCAGAGGGUGACUCAAGGGAGAGCACACAGUUCUGCCAACACAGGAAGCAUGAGCACAACAACCAUAGCCAUCAUAGCAGUCUUCUCUUGUCUUGCUGGCCUCCUGCUCAUUGUGGUGCUCAUAGUUUGUGUACGCCGUCGAGACGAGAUCUGUCCUCAUAACUCUCCAUAUCUGACAGACCAAGAUUCAUAUGCCAUGACCCAUGUAAAGAAUUAUAAAUAGAUCAACCUACCUCCACACUAAAAGACUAACAACUUUUCUAUUGAACUAACAAGUCGAUACAUUUUAUAUGAGUUGACUUUGUAGAGAUUUAUUUAAAGGUAUAAAAAAAUCAAGCGUGACAAAGUGUGACAAUGUUGCGUCCGUUUUUCACCCCAGGAACUUAAAUCUAAUACCUGUGCGUUAAGGACUGCGUAAAUCAGCGAUCAGCUCAACUUAAAGGCUCAGAUGUUUCCACAGCUUUGGCUGUCUACUGGGAUUCAAUGCAAUAGUGGACUAUAAAGCUGACAGUAGUUGCAUAAAUCUAUGACUUUUGAUGAGAUUCCGUUCAUGAAAAGUUGUAUCAAAAAUAUCAUGAUCAAAAGUAUCGCCAGUAUUCAAGUCAUUUAACCAGUCAAAUAUUUUACAAACUAAUUGAAGCCAGGUUCAAAGUUCAAACGAUUUGCAAUACUGUCAUUCAGGCUGAAAUCAUCAAUUGAAUUGUAAAGAACAUAUUUUGAGACUUUUCUUUUUACAUGGCACAAUUUUACUAGAAACUUUACAAUUAAGUAGAUCACGAUUUUUUAAAUAUAUUUUUACUAUUUUAUUAGUUAUGGUUAUUGGUGGGAUUCUUGUUCCAAAAGAGAAUGAUAAUAAAUAUUGGAUGAAUUAGGCGCCAACAAAUCUUUUUGUUGUUACAAUGCCAUGUGAUGUGUCUUUGUUAUAAUCAUACGAUGUGGUGUGUCUUUGCUAUAAUCAUACCAUGUGGUGUCUUUUUUAUAAUCAUACCAUGUGGUGUGUCUUUGAUAUAAUCAUACCAUGUGUUGUGUCUUUGUUAUAAUCAUACCAUGGGGUGUCUUUUUUAUAAUCAUACCAUGUGGUGUGUCUUUGUUAUAAUCAUACCAUGUGGUGUGUCUUUGUUAUAGCCAUGUGGUGUGUCUUUGUUAUAGCCAUGUGGUGUGUCUUUGUUAUAGUUAUGUGGUGUGUCUUUGUUAUAACCAUGUGAUGUGUCUUUGUUAUAACCCUGCCAUGUGGUGUGUCUUUCGUUUUAACAAUGUCAUGUGGUGAGUCUUUGUAAUAGCCAUGCCACGUGGUGUGUCUUUGGUACAACCAUUCCAUGUGGUGUGUCUUUGGUACAACCAUUCCAUGUGGUGUGUCUUUGGUAUAACCAUGCUAUGUGAUAUUUCUUUGUUCUAUUAAUACCUUGUGGUGUGACUUUCCUUUUAACAAUGCCAAUGUCUUUGAUAUAUUCAUCCCAUGGGGUGUGUCUUGAUUAUCAUGACAUGUGGUGUGUCUUUGUAAUAAGCAUGCCAUGUGGUGUGUCUUUUGUAUAAUCAUCCCAUGUGGUGUGUCUUUGAUAACCAUGCCAUGUGGUGUGUCUUUGUAAUAAUCAUACAAUGUGGUGUGUCUUUGUAAUUAUCAUAACAUGUGGUGUGUCUUUGGUAAAAUUAUGUCAUUUGGUGUGUCUUUGAUUAACCAUGCCACUUGGUGUGUCUUUGGUAAAAUAAUGCCUUGUGGUGUGUCUUUGGUACAACCAUCCCAUGUGGUGUGUCUUUGGUAUAACCAUGCCUUGGGGUGUGUCUUUUAUAUAACCAUGCCAUGUGUUGUGUCUUUGAUGCAAUCAUGCCAUGUGGUGUUUUUUUGAUAUAAACACGCCAUGAGGUUGUCUUGGUACAAUCAUGCCAUGUGGUGUGUCUUU